CUUCCUCCUUCAGAUCACCGAGGCUGUUAGCAGCCCGCCUUAAAUCAAACCUUAUGGCGACGGCAGGAGUUUGGGAACCCAAAUCUAACUAUAAAGACCGUACACAAGACUGUUUGGCUUUGCCAUUCCUAGCGAUGAUUUGCCAUUCUACGAUUAGGCUACGCUGAGGACACUCUUUCUGCCUUUUCCCACAUCCCCAGGUUUCAUCACGCGUCUCAGCUUGCGUAGCUGUGCUGACAGGUAAUCAUCAGCUGAGACUCACAGAAGUUGCAGGUGCAGCUCUCAGCUCAUACAGUGAUUGUGGCACCCAGGUGGAGGACUCCAGCAUCUACACUCAGGACAAUUCUACACAGGUGUCCAUGGUUGUUGUGGAUGCUGACACACAGGUGGAAGAGACAUGCUGUGUAUCAAUGAGCCAAAUUAUUCUAAGACUGAAAGAGAAGGUGGAAGAGCUCAAACAGAAUGAACAUCAGCUUCAACUGAAGGAUACAGAGAAUAGUGAAAAACUUGAAAAACUGACAAAUAAACUGACUCAGAUGGAUGCUGUGAGACUGGAGAAUAAGCUUCUCAAGAUGGAGAAGGAACAGCUGGUAGCAGAACAUCAAGAGUCUGUGGCCAAGCUGAUGGAGAAGCACUCUCAGGACCAGCAGGAUUUAGAUGAAUCCAUCACCAAUCAGAAGCGGAUGCUGGUGUCUGAGAAGCAGCGUGAGCUGGAGCAGCUGGAGCAGAGGUACAAGAGGGAGCUGCACUGUGCCGAGGACAGCAAGAAGCAGGAACUGGAGGAACUCGCCCUGCAGUACGAGAGCCAACUGGAGGAGAGCGUCCUCAUGCUCAGACAGGUCAGCUGUCUGCAAGAGGUGAUUGAUCUUCAGAUCACAGAGAUGAAUAAACUGAAGGACAGAGAGGAGCAGCUGCAGAGCAUGAUCAGGGCUCUUGAGAAGGACAGUGCUGAGCUGAAGAUGGGCAUCAUACAGAGCUAUGAGGCCGCUGAGGAGAAGAACCAAAUAAUAAUGAAGAUGAAGGCUGAGACAGAGGAGCUCAGAGCACAGAAGGAGCAGCUGACAGCAGAGUGUGAGGAGAGCCAAAAGCAGGAGCUGCAGAAGGUCACUGUGUACUACGAGGCCAAGCUGGAGGACAGUCUGGCCAUGCUCAGACAGUGUGUGGACAGGUGCCGGCAGCAGUGUGACGAGCAGAGCCAGCAGAAGCAACAGGAGCUGGAGCAGAUGCACAUGCAGCUGCAGGAAGUGGAUGCGGAGAAUAACCACCUGCGCAUACACUGCGACAGCUUGCUGCAGGAGCAGAGGGAGACCUGCAUGUUCCUGGAGGAUGAGAGCGCCCUCCUGAGGAAAGAGGUCCGCAGCCUGCAGGAGCGGAUUGCCUGUCAGACCCGGGAGAUGGAGACCCUGCAGGAGGCUGUGCAUCAGCACUGGGCUGAACUGCGCAGGGUGGAGAGGGACAAUCUGAGACUGAGGAGGAGGAUGAGGCAGAAGGACUCGGGGAACAAGCAGAGGGAAACCAAACUCAGGGACAAGACCUAGGAUAAUCAGUCUAUCAAUCAGUCAACCAAAAUAUAUUUGUUAUAAUGGACUUUGACUUUGAAUUAUAACAAUGCAAAGCCAAUUUGUAAAAGCUUGUGAAUUAAAAUGACUUAGGUUUAGUGACUGCAGAGACUCUCCCUUGUCCAGCUCUCCUGUAGGUAACUGUGAGUCAUAAAACCACUGCUCAUCAAUUUCCACACAAAAGUAGUGCAUCUGCCAUAAACUUGUUAAACACAUAAAGCCCACCAUUGUCUUAAAUGUGCUCAUUUUUGUGAGAUACAUGCUGCUUGCAUCAAUGUGCUG